GGUAACCUGGCCAGGUAAAUGCGACACACCUGGACGACACACCGAAUUUUAAGUGCGGAUUUUGUGUGUUGCUUCCUAGCGUACCUAUAGUCGACUCAGAAACAACGGUGUAGUGUAGGUGUAGGAAUCUUUCAACAUCUUAACAGGACGUGUUUUUAGUUGAACUAAUUAUUAAUUAAGUCUCGGAUCCAUCAUUCACAAGAAGUUCAACCAUCAGCUGACGGCCAAACACCCAACGUUUUUCUCAACGACCAGGCUUGGCAGGAACCUGAAGGACAGGUGCACCAAGUCAGAUCCAGAGAGGGAUGUGCUCAAUCAGAUGCUAGAGGACCUCAAGAACAAAUGGAACGCUGUCCGGUCGGUGGUCUCUAAAAGCCAGAACAAGCUGGACGAAGCUUUACUCACCUCUGGUCGAGUGUCUGACGCUCUACAGUCUCUGCUAGAAUGGCUCCAGAAAGCAGAGGCUGCCUUAGACGAGGAGGCACCGAUCCUGGGUGACCUUGACACUGUGCACAUGCUCAUUGAGCAACACAGGAACAUUCAACAAGAGCUGGGAGCAAGGGAAGCCACUGUGCUGACAAUGAAGGCACCAGGUAAUCUCCCUGCACAGCAAGCAGCAGAGCUGUCUAAAAUAUGGGACCGAGUCAACCACUUGUGUGAUAUCAGGGAAGUCAAGCUUAAAGAAGCCUUAAAACUGGCUGAAGAGUUUCAAGAUGUAGUGACAGUCAUGCGAGAGUUUCUACCUCAAGCAGAAGCCCAGCUCAAGUUUAGGGCCUUACCUGAAGAUGAGAUGGUCAUACGGCAACUCAUUGAGAAACAUGAGAAAUUUCAAGAUGACUUGCGCAACCAUCAAGAAAGUGUGGACAAGAUCAAGGGCCUGGCAGAGGAGAUUCUCCUGAGCUGCCACCCCAAUGCUGUCAGAUUUGUCAAGUACUACCUCACAAUAACCCAGACCAGAUGGGAUCAGCUCUUACAAAGGGCAUCCAACAGGGGUCAAAGGUUACAGGAAGCUCUCCACAACAUACAGGGUAAUGCUGCCCUCCUGGAGGAGCUUCUGGCCUGGCUGACUGAUGCACAGGCUCUGUUGGCCACUAAAGAACGUGACCCCAUCCCAGAUGACCUCAAAGUUGUGGAAACCUUGUUAAAGGAGCACCUGGAGUUCCAUGACGAGGUGACCAGUAAAAAUAAUGAUGCUGAAAGGUUGUCAAAACUUGUCACAUCUGAAUCAAAGAUGGCAGCUCAGGGCAAAGGUUAUGGCAGCAACAUGAAACUGAAUGAGUUUGAUGGCUACAACCCUCGAGUGAUUGCCCUACAGAACAAGUGGAGGACAGUCUGGCAUAUGUCUGUGGACAGGAAGAAACGCCUGCAGGAUGCACAUGAUAAUCUGCUGGAGCUGGAGAGUUUCAAAAACUUUGACUUUGACCUGUGGAGGCAGCGUUACCUCAACUGGAUUCAAGCCAAGAAAUUCAGAAUCACAGAUUUCUUCCGACGUCAGGAUAAGGACAGCGAUGGUUUCUUAGACAGGGAGGAGUUUGUUGGUGGCAUGCUCAAGUCCAAAUUCCCUUCAAAUCGUACAGAACUUAAUGCAGUCUUUGACAUAUUUGACCGUGCCAAUAGAGGAGUUAUAGAAUAUAAAAAUUUUGUUGAUGCUUUGAAAACAGAUAGGACUAGCAGGGUUAAAAACAACAAUCGCAAUGCAAAAUCUGAUGUGGAGCUGAUCCAUGAGGAGAUUGAGAAGGAACUUUCUUCCUGCCAGUGUAGACAUGCCUUCAGGGCUGAGUGGAUUGAAGAGGGGAAGUACAGGUUUGGAGAGAAACAAAAAACUUGUCUGGUCAGAUUCCUCAAUCACACAGUGAUGGUGCGUGUUGGCGGAGGGUGGGUAACUCUGGAGGAGUUUGUUGAGCUCAAUGACCCUUGUAAAGCAAAAGGACGCACUAACUUUGACCUUCGGGAAAGUCUCGUCGACGUGUCCAGACGAGGCAGCGCUGGAGGCCGGACAUCGCCGUUCCCCACCGGGGCACGUCGUCGACAAAACGACACAGGUUACGCCUCGUCCAACUCAUCAGGUAUUGCACAAAACCUCGAGGAUAGAUUCUCUCAGUCCUCUCUGCUCUCGCCAACAUCGUCAACAUCCUCCAUGUCCUUACUCUCCCCCAUUGCCGUUGCCAUGGCCUCGCAGCAGGCCCGCAACAGGUCAUCAGCAAACAGAUAUAGUUACCAUGGUGAUUUGUCGUGGGAGGGUUCUCAGAAUGCCAGUGGAGUCAUCAGCCCAGAUGCACAGGCCGGAGGUAGCAAUGAUUCAUCGCUUAGAAGGAGCCGUGUCACUUCGUCCAUGGUUAAUUUAGCUGGUCCCAUCAACUCACCUGGUAAUUACAUCAACUCACAACUUGGUAGAAGCACUGAUACAUUUGGUUCAACUGGAAACUUGAACCGUACAAAGAGACUCAGCACAUCAUCCUCAAACAUCACAGGCCGAAAAACUCCCACACCUAUCGGCGCUGGUGGAAAACCCAGAUCUCACAUUUUCACCCCCCGCGCCACCACACCUACUGUUGCCUUUGGCACAUCCAUCAGGUCCAGACCCACGACGCCAACAUUCUCCUCUCCGUCACAGCCAGUUCACCAAAGGUCAGGAGCCGCCACCCCUACAAAAGGAUUAGGAUCCACACCGACAUCUAGCGCCCCCAGACAACGGAGAUUGCCGACAACUCCUAGGACGCCAACAACCCCCAACCAGCAGUCAUCUCAAGGAUUUAGAUAGUUUUUCAUCAUGUUUUUACUGUACAAAAGUUAUCGCCUGUACAUUUCCUGUUGAAAUUGUUAAUCACAUUCAGCAACUGCGGAAAACCAAAGUUUAUCUGCAAGUCUUUGGAUGGUAAAGGCAUUAAGGUCCCACAGAUGGCUAUGCAGCCUUGUGCAGUGUUGUUGUAAUAUAAGUUUUUAUGGUUAGCUGACAUUUCAUUUUUAACUUUCAAUUUUAAGAUGUUAUAACAUGAUGAAAUUCAUCUUCCACUUUUAAAAAGUAAAAAAAUGUUAUUUUAAAAUUAAAACCAAUAUUCAAGGAUACAUUUUAAAUUUUAUAUACAAUUUUUUUUAAUCAAAUUUUUAUUUUAUAAUUUAAUGGAGGAAAAGGAUUGAACAGAAGCUUUCACAAUAUAUUUUAUUCAAAAUAUGAGCAAAAAAUGUUUAAUAAGUUACACAUUGUUUUAAAUGAAAUGAGAAAUUAAUAUAAAGCAAAGAAAAGGUUGGCAGCCCUGUUAACUACUAAAUAUUUUUGGACCUGUGUUUUUGAGUUAUUUACUUUGUGUUUACUUUAAUGUUGAAAUCAAAAUGUAUAUUUUCCAUAAUAAAGAUAAGUGUGAAUUAACCCACACUUUCGUAAGCUCUUCCUUUCAUAACCAAUAUGUUAAAAUGUUGCCUAUUUUCUUUAAAAUGUGGAAUGGUUUUUAAAAUGCAUCCCAGAGAUGACAAUGAAAAGCUGCUAAUGGAACUCUGGAAAUGGGUGCAAUUAAUGUCCAGUAACAUGGGGUUUUUACUAAUUUUAUAUUGAAUAAUUAAUAUAAAGAUUAUUUUUAAAAUAUCCUUUUAUUUACAGUAAAAAAAUUAUCAUUUUCACUUUACUGUAUAUUAGAAUAUUUUAUUACAUUCCAUUUAUACUAAAACAUUCCUUUUUAAUUAUACAUUCCAUUGUUUUUUUUUAAAACAGAGAUGCAUUGUCAGUGGGGGUUUGUUUUAUUUUUACUAGGAUUUUUUGUGUUGUCUUUGGAUAUUCCAUUAUACUUCAGAUUUAGUUUGUAAAUUGGUUACAAAAAAUCUGGGGAAUUAUUUGGACUUGAAGUUUUAUUUUUAUUUUAUUUUUUUUACAUCUCUGGUGUCUCAAAUGAUCUGAUGAUGAAAUUUUACUGUAAAAAAUUGUCUCAUUGUUUAUGGAAUUGGUUAAUCCUUGUUUAUUUAAACAGAUGAUUUUUUUUUUUUUACAAAAUAAUUUUGUACCUUGCCUUGAUUUUUAAUAAAAUUAAAACGUGCAUUUAAAUCAGCCUGGCUCAAACUGAAAACUAGGUGCUAUUUAUGUGGAUUGUUAUAAGAGAACUGCGCUGUAUAGCAAAUGUGAACUUGUCAUCUACAAUGAAAUUAUUUUAUUCAAGGUUAACUACUGUAAAAUAUUUCAUUACACUAUAGCAACUGUUUCUACACUACAGAGACAGUGUCUAUAUCACAAUGUAACUUUAGUAAAUAUGCAUACGCUAUAUUAUUAUAAAGGUAAUUUGUAACAUUUAAAGUAAGGGCUGGGAAUGCAUAUAUACAUUACAUUACAUAGGUGUGUGUGUAGCUGAAUGUUAGUAAUAACAAAUUGUGUUUGUGAAGAAAUAUGUAUAUUUUUGUUUUUAUUGAUUCUAGAGCAUCUAUUCAUCUAAAUACAUUCCUUAGCGUCAUUUUAUACAAGUGAACCAAACCUAUUUAUUUUAGCACAUGAAAUGUGUGGAUUUUGAAACAGCUGUACCCUCUUUACUUUUAUAGCAUCAUAUCAUACCCCCAAUACCCAGAAAUACAAUAUAUAGAUAAUCACUUCUUGGUUUUAGUUCUUAUGAUUUAAAUUGCUAUAAAUAAUAAAACCUCCAUUGUAAGAGUGCUUGUGAAUGACUACAUUUCACACUAAAGCUUUUUUCUUGUCAAGAAACUUAAAUUCACUGAAUGGUCAUAUGUACCCAUGUAUAUCAGGCCUUAUGUACAUUGAUAUAUCCUCAAGUAAAUAAUGUUCAUUCUGCAAA